CAGCUAUAUGAGGACCAGUUGGCGUUGCCAUAACAAAUUCAUUUGUGACAAAAUGGCAGCCGAGGAAGGACCAAGACAGCUGGACGCUCAUGAAUACCUGAAUAAGCAUAGAAUUAUUGACCUUUUCAACAAUUUAACGUCCCAUAUGAUAUACAGCAGACCUGAUGACCCCAAGAAAUUCCUCAUCAGCACACUGGAGAAGCUUCACAAGUGCCGGACUACAAAGCUAGAUAUUCCAUGCCUAUUUGACGAUUCCAACAUCCACGCUGUGUUUGGAAUGCUUGAUCCCACAAACAGAGGCUACAUCACCCUACAGCAAUACAAUGAAGCUCUCACAACUCUUGGUGUGAAGACAUAUGAUGAUCAGCCAGCUGGUGCGGAUAUUGACAGGAUCUCCUUCGAUGUGUUUGUCAAAGAAGCGAAGAAAGGGUUAACUGAUGCAUCAUCCACAUUCAGCAGCUAGGAUAGAUCAUGCCUUUGUAAAUACCUGCCAUUGAUUUCUUUGUACAUAUUUGUGUUGUUCAAGAAAAAUACAUUCUCCCUUGUAUCAAGAAUAAAACUGUCAAACUGA